CCCAAAGAGGAAGAAGAGUUGAGAGAAAGAGAGAGAGAGCUGGCUCCCAUGGCUGAAGAAGAGCAGCAUCAGCAGCAGCAACAGCUUCACUCUUCCCCUUCUUCUUCCUCUUCUGCUGCCGAAGAAACUCUGAACAAGCAAACCCAGGCACAGUUUAGCAGCUUACCUUCGCUAAAUGGAGAUUUUCAGACGCUCCCGAUCAUGUAUCCUUCAUAUUUUCCUGGAUUUUACCCUCCACAACAGAACCAGGAACGGAUGAAUCAUGGACGUGGCCUUUAUGCUGUUCCAGCUUUUCCAUUCAUGGGGCCUACUGCUGCAUUUGCACCAAAUACUCUAAUCCCUUUCACCUAUAAUAUACCUUCUGGGCCAAGUCCACCAGAAACUGGAGCAGUGGGUGAGAAUCAAGGACAACAGCAACAUGAGCAGCAACAGCCGCAGCAAAUGCAGCCUGGACAUCGACAAGUUGUUGUAAGGAGAUUUCAAAUUGCUUUCCAGCUUGACUUGCUGCUUAUUCUGAAGCUGGUGGCAGUUAUCUUUUUGUUUAACCAAGAUGGAUCUAGACAAAGGCUGGUGCUGCUUGUGUUUUUUGCUUCAUUAGUUUAUCUGUAUCAAACUGGAGCUCUGGCACCAUUAGUUCGGUGGCUUUCACAGGGGAUGCACCGGGCAGCUGCACCUCCCCAACCACCAAGGCCUGCUGUGCGGGCAGAUAAUGCUCAUGCUCCUGAGGGAGCUGGAAAUGAGAAUGAUGCUGCUGCUGCCGAUGGACAACCUGUAGGCGAAAAUGAGCAUCAGCCUCUUAACGAGAAUGGGGCAGAAGAGAAUGAACCUGGCGUGGAACCUGGCAGAGCUGAAGGUGGCAACCGCUUGUGGGUAAUUGUGAAGGAGAUCCAACUGAUUGUCUUUGGCUUCAUCACAUCACUACUUCCUGGCUUUCAUAACAUAGAUUAAACUGUAAAUGGAUGUAGAUCCAUUAUAGUUACUCUGACAAAGGUGGGAGAGUUAAACAGGCUGUCCUUUUCUUCACACCCACACCACCCCCCCCCCCCUCCCCCAAAAAAAAAACAAAAAAAAAAAACUAUGUGAAUGCCAUAACUUUCUGGAGACUGUUGGAGGCUGUAUGUAUGUUGAAAUGGAUUUUCCCAGAACCAGCCCGCUGAAAUGAUGUAAAGGCCUUAACAUAAAUAACAUUUUCCCUUUGGGAUUUUAGGCUU